AUGAAAGUGUGCGUAUGUUGUUUUAAGUGCAUUUUGUUGAUUUUUCUCUGCGCCGUAACGGCAUAUGGAAGUGCCGAAAGAUGGGUGGAUAAUAAAAAUGCAGAUGGUGAUCAUCAUAGGGGUAGUCUGAGAAGUGUGUAUUCAGUGGGGAAAGGGGUUGAUUCAGGCAUAAAUGAAACGCCAGCGGAAGCAUCCUUUUUAAGCGUGCGGGGUGCAGCCACGAUGGAGGAUGAAAGUGACCAGGAUGAAGAAGAUGAUACAGAGGAGGAGGAGGGCGAAUACGAUAGAACGGUUGACGUAAGCAUGAGUGACCAAAACGGAGAGCUCACUUACAACGCGAACGAUACGGACGUGAACCAAAUGGUCAUACUGAAAGAUAUAACCGAUAAAGUUAAGAAUGAGGUAACCGAGGUGAACAUAGACAAAGUUAACGAAAUUGAUGUCCCGAGCAUUGCCGAUGAGGAGAGAAAGAUAAACGAAUUUUACGAGUAUGAAAAUGAGGUAUUAAAAAACAUUCGCGAAAAGAAAAAAAAUAUUCACGCAAUGAUUAAUGAAGAUUUGGAUGAGCUACUGAAGCCUGCCCAGAGGGAGUAUAUUAUGGUGGCUAGAAGUAUAAAAAGUAAGCUGUUGCGUGAGUACGAGCAGAUCCUUCAGGAGGAAUUGUCCCAGGAGUAG